AACUUUGGAUGGGUACCGAAAGACCCUGCCUAGCUGAGUUCGGUGCCAACCAAAAAAAAAAAAAAAAAAAAAAACUAUAAUUGUUUCUUACAUUUUAUAAAUAUAUUAAUGCUGCUAACGCAUAUAUGCCAGAUCAUGGGAUUUCUUUCUGUAACCCAUUUUCCUUAAGCACGACAAUAUCUGUGCCCUAUAAUUUGUUUGUUUUUUACGUCUUUGUAUAGGGAUAGGACACAUGAUAAGAUUCUCUUUGUUUUGUAUUCUUUAUGUCAUGCUGAGACAUGAAAUCAAAUGCAUAUAUAUAUAUACUAAAUAUAAUAUAAAUUAAUACAUGUACAUAUAUAUUCUUGCAUGUCAUGUUUGUGAAAAUUCCCAUCUCCCUUCGUGGCCUCCAUAAGAAUACCCAAUGCGUCCUCAGAUAGCCCUCUUAUAUAUAGAUUUAAACACUCAAUACCCAUUACAUAUUGUUUAUAGAUCCAGCUAUAACACACACACACAUAUAUAUAUAUCCUCUCACUCUGCUCUGAUCUUCUCUGUGCUCUCUCAUAAUUAAAUGCAUGGGUGCAUUUGUUGUGACCGGCGGCGUUGCACUAGUACUACUGGUACUGCAACAAAUACAUGGAGAGUACCUAAUUAAUGGAGUAGGCUGUGAUGUUUAUGGAGGAAGAUGGGUGUAUGACCCUUCUUAUCAUCCUCUCUACAACUCAAGUCGUGAUUGUCCCUUCAUUGAGCAAGAAUUCAACUGCCAAAACAAUGGUCGGCCACAGACAGCCUAUCUCAACUACAGAUGGCAACCUACUUCUUGCAACUUACCAAGGUUGAAUGGUAGAGAUUUCAUGAGGAGAUUUAUGGGGAAGAGCAUUAUGUUCAUAGGAGACUCAUUGAGUUUGAAUCAGUGGCAGUCACUGACAUGCAUGCUACAUAUAGCAGUACCUCAUGCUAAAUACACCUUGGUCAGAAAGCAAGACCUCUCCACAUUUAGGUUUCCUGCAUACAAUGUUUCAUUGAUGCUAUGGCGCAAUCCAUUUCUUGUUGACGUUAUGAAUGACAAUAAUGUUGGAAGAGUUCUAAAGCUUGACUCAAUUGAGAGUGGGAAUAAUUGGAAGGGAAUUGACGCACUCAUCUUCAAUACUUGGCAUUGGUGGCUUCACACAGGAAGGAAACAACCAUGGGAUUAUAUUCAAGAAGCAAACAGUAUAUACAAAGAUAUGGACCGUUUGGUAGCGUUUGAGAAAGGAUUAAGAACAUGGGCCAGAUGGGUAGAAAGCAAUGUGGAUCCUAACAAGACCAGGGUUUUCUUUCAGGGUGUUUCUCCCGAUCAUACUAAUGCAAGUGAUUGGGCGGACCCGAAAGCGAAGAACUGCGUAGGACAAGAGCAACCUGUGGUGGGGACAAAGUAUCCUGCUGGUCCACAUCCAGCAGAAGCUGUAGUGGAGCAAGUGUUGAAGACAAUGUCAAAACCAGUUUAUUUGAUUAACAUAACAAGCUUAUCACAGUUGAGAAAAGAUGGACACCCUUCAAGCUACGGCUAUGGAGGCCACUAUGCACCAGACUGUAGCCAUUGGUGUCUUCCUGGAGUUCCUGAUCUUUGGAAUCAGCUCUUGUAUGCAGCCAUCACCCAAACCUAAAUCAUUUUCUCUUUCACCCCAAUUAUUUAUUUGGUGCAAUUGGUUAUUAAUUUGAAACUUUGAAUUUUCAAUAUAUCCCACUUGAAUACAAGUACUUGUAAGUUGAAACGGUAAACUAUGACUUGUGACUUUCUUAGUUCAUCA